AUGACACCGGAGUUAGUCCAAGAGGCAAGAGAACAAGUGGAACUUCUCAAGGAGAAGUUGAAAGAAGCACAUGACUGCCAGAAGAGUUAUGCCGACAAGCAUAGAAAGAAUUUAGAGUUCUCAGUGGGAGAUGAGGUGUAUUUAAAAAUGAGGACCUUCCGAGGAAGUGACCCAAACCGGAAGUUGAAGAAGCUGAGACCUAGGUAUAUGGGCCCGUAUGUCAUAACGGAAAGGAUUGGCGCGGUCGCGUACCGACUCGCCUUACCGGUAGCAUUGUCAGACUUUCACGAUGUGUUUCACGUGUCGGUACUCUGGAGGGUAGUACGAGAACCGGAGCUAAUUCUACUACACCCACCCGCGGACGCACGGCGUAGUCUGACACUGGUUAGUGAGCCAGUAAGGAUCAUGGAUAAAAAGGAAGUUAGUAGUCGCGGGAAAAAGAUAAGGAUGGUGCUAGUCCGUUGGGAAAGGGACUGGAUCUAUGAAGAUGUGUCGGAACCUGAAUUGCAACUGCGGAAUAGUCACCCCGGGAUGUUUGAGGAUCUUGAGAGAAACUGGGACGAGACCCAGAAUUCAGGGACGAAUUCGUUUCUAGUGGGGGAGAGUUGUAGCAUCCCGGGCCCAGCCCAAAAUGAAACCCAAGAGCUGCAGGCCCAAGUGAGUGAAACCCUACCCCAAGGCUCUCCUAUUUCUUAUAAAAAGGGCAGCACUCUUAGAGUUUCAUCACAAGAGAUACAGCAAGCGAAGCCCUGCCCGACCAGAACCUCGCCGCCGCCGACGACCAGCCGUCGCCGCCGUCCGCUCGCCGCCCGCCGACCAUCCCGUGCGCAGCCCGAGCCGUCGAUCCCGAGCCCCCAGCCGUCGUCUCCUUGA